CCCACCCCCUCGUGGGUUAAGGAGAAAAGCCCUUGGUUGAUGGGGUAGCCAGACUGUUAUGAGACAGACAAAGGGUUGCUGCUAGUGCCAGAAGCUCAUCUAAGCCUUCUGCAGUAGGCGGACAGCACACAACUUCAGGCUAAUACGUGCUGCUGCAUCUGGCUCCAGCUGCUUCACUUGCUCUUACACGCUGUGGCGCUUGAAACCGAAUAGUCGUCGGACCAGGGGGCUCAAUACCUUGCGACCACCUGCUGCAGCCUCAUAGGAUCAUGGAAAACAGAGGCGCCUAGAGCGCAGAAAGAUCCCCAAGCAAGGCACGCGCGCCCCCGACUCCCUCCCUCUCCUUUCCUUUGCAGCCCACGUGAGCCAGGCUGCUUGACUGACUGCAAGCCCGAGUCCAAGUCAUUGAGCAGACAGAAUCAGCAUCUCUCGGUCAAGGACAACGCUUCGGCUCCCCCUCUCCUUUAUUCCCCUGAACAAGUCCAACAGGCUGCCUGUGCGCACCAAGACGUCUUUGGGCACAACUGUCACCUGACUAAGUGCUAAGGCGAUUCUUGCAGCCCAGUUUGAGCGCCCAGCUGGCAGCGAUUCUCCACUCUCCGCUUUUAGCAGCCAAAGUUUUUAUGUGCGACUCCAACUCCCUGUGGGGAUGCUAGUGAUGCGUGCGUCUGACUGAUCGGGACCCUGGUGUUUGGAUUCGUAUCCAGGCGGAGAAGCCAUUCUGGGUGUUUUUUUGGUUGCACCGCGGACGUUACAGAAGACGUGCUCUGGGAACUAAGCUCCUCUCUGUUAUUCACACUAGCCUGCAUACACUCUCCUUGGGGGCUCUAUACGGAGCCAUAUAAAAAGCGAUAUUAUCUGUAACAAAACUUUUAUCUGGCAAAUAUUCCUAGCAUUGUAUGGAUACAUAACAUUCUCCUUCUGUAAGGACUCCCUGGAGCUAUACAUGUGUAUGAGGAGCAGCGCAGCCUGCCUCUGCUUUGGCUUUUAUUGCCUUUUGUAGCCUCUGCUACUGCCUUCAGCUGCUGCUGUCAUGCAGCCUCAACAGGAACCUUCGGGGGAUUCGCUUAACACCAAUUAGAUUACAGCCUAUUUCUUAUCAAGCCCACGCGGAGCCCAUAUUAUUUUGCGUUGGACGCGUAAAGUAGUAGCUGCAUUAUGAGCUGAGCUGUCCCGUAUUUACAACUUUUACCCUGCUUCUUUUAUCAGUCCAUGAAACAGCAGAAGGCAAAGGAUUGAGGCUGGACUAAAAUUAUCUAGAGGAUAUUUGGCUGUAUUCGUGACCCGUUCUCCUAGCACUGGGGCUAUAGUAGCACAUGCUCAUCAUGGCUGGAAGAAGGAGGUAUCCAGGACUUUUAUGCAGCUACCACCACUACAAUGGCUACUCUAACUAUCACUACAUGUACUGCUGCCUUCUCAUUAUUAUUGCUACAAAGGCAACCUGCAAAGUACUGCCUACAAACUCAGCCCAUCCCACAGCACUUCCACCAUCCCCAGCUGCCAUACUUCCAGUCAGCUAUCGCCUGUCUAAUACACGUUUGGCCUUCUUCUUGAGAGAGGCUGGGCCUCUUCCAGCAUGGAAUUCAAGCACCCCGUUGUUACAACGUUCAGAGCCUUUUGUGGUGUUUCAAACAAAAGAUUUGCCAAUCCUUAAUGUUACUUUGGGGCCUUUCGCUGCUGGGCAGGUGCUGCCAAAAGAACUGCUGCAACCUUCAAGCACCAUAGAGGUCCCUGACCAAUUAACUGUAAACUGGAAAAUUCGUGCCUAUAUCAUUCGCACAAAGAUACCUACUAGCCAUCCAGUAGCACAGGUACUUUUUUAUGUAGCUGGCCGGGACUGGGAUGACUUUAGUGUUACAGAACGUCUACCUUGUGUCCGACUUCAUGUUUUCCGGGAUGUAAGAGACAUAAAAAGUUCUUGCAGACUUCGAGGAAACUUAGCUACUUGCCUUGCCCAGGCUGAACUACCACAGAACUGGUUUGGAUUGGCAGUUGCACCCAUGGGACGUAGAAAACCUUCACCUGAUGGGGCAGAACUUAAUGAAGAAAGCCUACAAGUAGAACUGUUUUAUACUUUGCAUGCUCCGGACUCAGCUGGUGGGUGUUCAAAUGAACCAGGGACACGUAGGGGAGGAGAAGCCCCAACUCAGCAUCCCCUUCUUCGUAUUGGAAGUAUCAGUCUAUAUAAGCCUGUUGUAGUUGAGCAUAUGGAAGAACAACAGUUGGAUACUAAUGUCUUCAUCAGGCUUCCAGGCCACCCACUACGACCAGGAGAGAUCCUGAGCAUAAUGCUAUAUUUGGUAGCAAAUUCCAGCGUAGAGCACUUCACACUCAGGGUGAAGGCAAAGAAGGGAAUAAAUCUACAGAGUACCAAAUCCAGGGAUCCAAAAUGGCUGGUGAACUCCGAAUUGCUGACAGGGGGAAAACAUUCCACAGCGACUGUAGAUGUGUCCCGAGUUCAAGGAAUCCCAUAUCUGAGUGAAGAUUCCGCUUACCAGAUAAUGCAGCUUGACUUUGAAAUGGAGAAUUUCACCAGUCAGUCAGUCACAAGACGUAUAAUGUGGCACGUAGAUUACCGGGGUCGAAAUCCUCCUCCUGAUCUGGAGAAGGCUGUAACUGAACUAACUGUGAUACAGAAGGACAUUCGCGCAAUUGUCCCAUUAGCAAUGGAUACGGAAAUUAUUAACACUGCCAUUCUGACGGGACGUACAGUUGCAAUACCAGUCAAAGUUCUAGCUAUUGAGACAUCGGGCAUUAUUACUGAUAUCACCUCUGUUACAGAGUGCAGAUCCAGCAAUGAAGACAUUAUAAAGGUGUCAAGCAGCUGUGACUAUGUGUUUGUCAGCGGGAAGGAAACAAGGGGCUCUAUGAAUGCGCAGGCUGUAUUUAGCUAUGAACACCUCAGUGCACCAUUAGAAAUGACAGUCUGGGUACCCAAAAUCCCAUUGUACAUUGAGCUAUCUGAUUCCAAACUGAGUCAAGUAAAAGGCUGGAGAAUCCCGAUACUGCCAGACAGAAGGUCUGUUCGGGACAGUGAUGAUGAGGAUGAUGACGAGGAUGAUAGAAAGCUCUCCCGUGGAUGUACUUUGCAGUACCAACAUGCUACUCUUCAAGUAUUUACCCAGUUUCACACAACCUCCGCAGAGGGUACUGACCAAGUUAUCACCAUGCUGGGUCCUGAUUGGUUGGUAGAGGUUACUGACCUAGUAAAUGACUUCAUGCAGGUGGAAGACCCACGAAUAGCAGAAAUGGUUGACAGUAAUACACUUGCUGGACGUGAGCCUGGAACUACAUUAUUUAAAGUGGUGUCUCCUCUGAUGGAAACAGUGCUUGGUCAGACUCCUAUUACAGUGACAGAGGAAAAAGUAAGCAUAAUUGAGCUGCGGGCCCAGGUGAUAUCUGGCCUAACCCUCUCUCUUCAUCCAAGUCCUGGAAACAGCCACACUAUCAUUGCAAAGACAAGUGCCCAGCACAUUCUGAAAUCCCCCAAACAGGAAGGCCUGUUGAACCUUUGGCUUACAUUCAGUGAUGGAUCCUCUGUACCUCUUUCGCUGUAUGAUCCCAAAGACUAUACCCUUUCCGUGAGCAGUCUAGAUGAACGAGUGAUCUCAGUGAGCCCAGACCGUACCUUCCCCAUUAUAACAGCUGGAGAGGAGCAGGGCACAGGAACCCUUCUGCGGGCUGAGAUGAUAAUAAAUGAGAUCUGCCAAAAAACAAAGAGGAAGAGCAUUUUGUCUACAGCAACAGCACUAGUGCAGGUCAUGUUUGGUCCGGAUGAGCCAGGAGAAGAGGAAGAACCAGGAAAAUUAGUGAGUGUUGUACCACCACAUUUUCCUGGACAGGAAAACAAAGAAACACCUGGCACAACACUGAUUACACCACUUUCUACAUCAGUUGAGGAUCUCAGUUCACUUGGUUCUGGGGAAUAUCCAUUACCAGUUCCUACAGUUUUCCCCCAAUUGCCUCGAGGAUUGACAGACUUAGAAAUUGGCAUGUAUGCACUCUUGGGAGUUUUCUGUCUAGCCAUUCUGGUAUUUCUCAUAAACUGCAUAGUUUUUGUUCUUAAAUAUAGACACAAGAGAGUCCCACCAGAAGGUCAGGCAAACCCUGAUCAUUCCCAUCACUGGGUUUUCCUAGGAAAUGGACAACCCCUCAGGGCACGAGGGGAACUAUCACCACAACCUGAAAGUCCUGCCAAUCUUUUGGAGGCUGGAAGUUUACCCCCUCAUCAUUCUUCAUGUUGUAGAGGUGAAGCACGAGGAAGUAGCAGUAACAGUAGCUCCCAGGCCAGUGUACAAAGUCAAUCACAUGGACGGGGGGACGGAUCUUCUGGGGGAGGUGGCUCAAGUCGAGAAGCCAGUGAGGACCCUCUAAGCUCAUCACCCACAUCAAAGCGAAAGCGAGUAAAGUUUACCACCUUCACUAGCUUGCCCAGUGAAGGAAGUGUAUAUGAUGCAGUACCAGGGGCAGAGGAAAAUGAUAUGGAGUGGGUUUGCCGGGACAUGGGACUCCGAGAUCCCCAGGAGCUUAGAGACUACAUCAGGAGGGUCAGAGAAAUGGCAUAGCCUUGGUGUUUGUUGGGGCUGUUGGGACUAGAUGAGCAAACAUGCACCCAAAAAGGAUUGUUGCUUUCUCCCAAACAUGGAGAAUGGGCUUAAAGUUCUCUUUGUGUCUCGCUAUUAAUGUAUUCAAUCUCAUACUAUACCACCACUCUUUUUCUUCCAAAAUAUCAGUAUUCAUUCACCUAAAUCAUUGUCUUUCUAUGUCUCUUUUUCUUCUUCAUAUAUGUACUAAGCCCUUUCAUAUAUACCAGCCAUACAAAAAGGAGCAUGUUGUUUACAAUGUCUCUGUAUUCUUUGUGAUAAAGAAGAACAAGGAACUUUGGCUCCGACAUGUCAUGCAUACCAUUAAAAAUAUCUAUACAAAUCUAGUUCAGUGAGGUUUCGAAAAAAGGAAGAAGUCUACCACACUGUAGCUUCAAAAAUACAGAGAACCUGAACUAGAUCUGAUUUUCCAUCUUAAUUGCUUACAUUUCACAACAAUCCAGACAACAAAUUAGGAGACCAUGAUGGUUGUGACAAAGUACAGUAGCCUGGACAGCUUUUAAAUCAAAACAACUACUACUGCUUAUACACAGGCUUUACACUAAAGAAAAAAAGGAAGACGUUCAGAAUGAAUGGAGAUUCUGAGGCACAAAAUUGACUGCUUUUUGGGAAUCAGCAUACAAAUGUGUAAUAAGUAUACCAUGACACCACAAGGUAUUUGUGCUGAGAAAGAAAACAAAGUUUCAUCUGGUGACAAUAUGAGCAAAUUAUGGCUCAUUUCAUUCCCAAAUUAUGUCAUUUGGAAAAUCCAGAAAGCUCAGAAUACCAUCAAUGGAAUUCAUGGCCAAAAAUAUAGACACAUUAAAGUAAAACUAUGAAAUAUGAAUGUGUUUCUGAAAUGUUGUUUUGGUCAGAUUCAUCAGAAUUGAAUAAUAACAUUAGUAAUAAUAAACAGUAAGAUUAAAGCACCUCAAAAUUUACACAAAUUCUCUCAGGGGAAGUGAGCAGCUA